AUGCCUCUCUCAUGGGACCCUAGGCGGAUGUGGUCGGACAAUCCUUCGGCAGCUGGUACAUCCAAAGACCUACCGAAUGAGGAGAUCGUCACCGACGCCUCCCCCAAGGCUGUCUCCACUGCAUUUGCCGCACGGUCAGACUCACCCAAGCGUUUCCGCUUUGUCAAGGGUGCUUCUAGACCAAAGAAGCGUCGCCGAGCCAACUCGCCAAAGGAGCAAGCAAGCCGAGUUGUAACAGAGAGCUCGUCGGGUAGCCCAGAAGUCGUGCCUAGAACCGCACCCCAGCACCUGGAGAUAUUUGAUGACCACCAAAGGGGCAAUAGCUUAUCUGGCCUAGGUAUGUUCAACUUUCCAUAUACUUGCAAUGUUUCAAACAUAUAUGUUGCUUACAACUUCUUAGAACUCCAAGACGCACAUUUCUUUGAUGAUUUCAGUGUGUUUGACUCCAUAAUUCCUAACAUUUUUGCGUCCACUCCCUUUCUCGAUAUCGACCCACAGGAGACACUGGCAACAGGACCUCCUGGUCUGAUGGAAUCACCCAAAAUGACAAUGACACCUCUUUCCCCAUCAGACAGGUCUAUUGAGCCAGCGUUACAGAGUCUUCCAACUAGUUCAAUGGUUCAAAACAUUGACCCAAUGUUUCGAGAUCAAGCAGAACAAAGUGCUCUAGUUGAUUUGGUCCCACGAACAAUACAAGAACCCACAAAUCCUUACGCUUCGGCACGUCUUCAAGCUGUUCCUAUGAUAUCUGAAAUCUCAUCUAAUGACCAUGAAAGGCUCCUUGAAUUGUGUAAGACUUCUGCAUGA